AUGGGCGAGUACUGUCGGAAGGGCAAGUGUCUCUGCUAUGAUGCCUGUCCGUCGGACUGGUCAAACCAUCAGUCAAGGGUAAGCGGUUCCGGAUUAACUUAUCCCUAACAAAAACUUGUAAACUGUAAGUAAAGUAACCUACGGAAAGUGGUCGGGAUGCAAACAACUUUUCACCAAGGUGGAGGAAAUGGGAGGAAACAGAAGACUGAUUGACGUGACUUCCUUUUUGACCUAAUAUGUCGUAGUCAAUUAUCCAUCCAGUGUGGAUUUUAGUGCCUGAAGUUACGGCAAAGUACUAACAUUCUAUAUUACAGUGAGUGACCAAUCUCAGGAAAUGUUGGCUGAAAUUCUGAAAUGCAUUUUCGGUUGGGAAGGAUUACUUAGGCGCGGUUGUAAUACUGAUUAUCUUUUGGCACAAUCUUAUAGCAUUUCGGACUCGGCAGGAUGUCAGCUUUUGCAUACACUGCUUUUCAAUCUCCUGUAUAAACUGUACUCGGUAAAAAUGACUACUUAUGUAGCAUGCAUUUUUCCCAUUGAUUUUCGAUGGUCUUGCAAAUUCAAGUAUAUCUUAUAGAAACAAUAAACAAAAAUAUGCUUCCUUUUAGUCAACUAAUAGAAAACAACGUCUUCUUUAUUUUUUUCACUCAAGGAAGGAGUAUAAAUAGGUUUUGAAAAGGUUUUCUAAUUGCCAAAUAAUUUUCAGCCUGACCGUUCGUUGCAUUAGCGCUUAGUUAUUUCAGUCUACAAGGUGCAUACGUUCCGCGUAAAUAAAAUCGCAUAUUUUUCUAUGCCAUUUAAAAUAUGUCAUACAGUGUGUAUUUUAGUGCCUGAAGUUACGGCGAAGUACUAACAUUUUAUAUUAAGUCGGUAGGACUGACUUAUGCGGCCACCUAGACGGGACAUGUGAAUAGGCACGCUUCGCCCAAGUAUUAAAAGUGGAUCUGCGCAAAAUAUUUCCGUGUCCUAACCCCAACAAUAACAGCAUUAUAAAACUGAACUGUUGCCCUAAUAUUGACCUUAAAACUUAAACCUACAGUUAACACCAAACUUGAUCCUGACUUACCUUAUUUCUGACUUCAACUUCAGCCUCGGACCUAAUCCCUAACCUUAGCCUAAUCUUAAACCUAACGCUGGAGGUUGGCUCAAAGUCACUCGCAUCGUGAACGGUUCCUGUUCUCAUGUCCUGUCUAGAGGGGCGUAUGUGUCAGUCCUAUUAUCAACUCAACUAGUUAAAAGUCCCUCGAAAUCAUUAGUUUCAAGGUUCUCGCAAAUGCCGUGACAAUAUCUCCUCCACCAACACUCACGAAAUUCUAGUGGCAGAGUUUGCACAGAGCUAGAAAGUAAGAACACGAAGGGAUCGUUUUUUCUUGUCAAACCGGACAAAACAAAUUCACCAAACCUUUACUUAAAACACUCGUCUUAACUUGAGAGGUCAGAGCAUUUAAUGUUAUCCGCAAUAUUUGAACGAGCUGCUGAUAUUGCGCCAGCUCAUCCUUUAAUACUUUCAACCUCAAAUGUCUACUGUUGGAAGUCAGCCUCAUUAGCCAAAUUCGCAGCUUUGUAUUUUCGAUCUGACGGUAAAAUGACUGGGAGAAAGCAGUCAUGAUUUUAAGAUCGGCUGGGUCAUACCGUAACAUCGAUGUAGGUUGAUCUUAUCAACGUCACAACGCGAGUCUAAUAACACCACGCACUUAGGAAUAGCCCUAAUAGCCUGACAUAUACAGUAAGUUGGCAAGCUCAUUAAUUGUCAACCGAAAUUCCGAAAGGCGUUUUCGUUUCGAAAAAUUUAAUUCUGGUAAGGUUAUAGAAGUAAUCGCUUUACAACACAGUCCUAUAAUAAUUCCGUUACCUCUGGAUGCCAGCUUCCGAACGAACCAUAUUCCGUAAAAAAUGACUACAUAAACAGCAUGCAUUUUUCUCAUUGAUUUUCAACGCCCUUAAAAAUCAAUUAUAUUUUAGGAAAACACAUAGAAAAAUAUUCAUUCCUUUGCUCAUUUGGUGGAAAACUAUGUCUUCUUCCAAUUCUAUACUGGAGGGAAGGGUAUAAUUGGGUUUUCAAACACUCUUCUAAUUCCCGAACAGUUUUGAACACGACCUACCGUUACACUUGCAUCCAGGGUUCCCAAACUACAAGCCCUAUAUUUUCCGCGUACGGGAAAUCAUACAUGUCUCUACGGCAUUAAGAGGUGAUCAUAUGGAGUUCAUUAAAUUAAGCAGUGCAUUUGGACCAUAUUGUCAACUUUAGAAGCCACAUUGGUAAAUGCAGAGACAUGACGUAUUAUGAACGGUCAUUUCACGGUAUUAAAAAUUUCGCAAUUAGAAACUUUUUUAAAACCAAAUUAUACCCUUCCUCCAAGUAUAAAAUUUGAAAGAAGACCUAAUUUUCUACCGAAUGAGCAAAAUAAUGAACACUUUUAUGCUCGUUUUUCAGAAAACAUAAUUCAGUUUGAAGGACAUUGAAAAUCAGUGAGAAAAAGGCAUGCUAAUUAAGUAGUCAUUUUUUACAUAGGAAAGGAGUUCGUUCAAAAGCCGGCAUCUCGCGGUAACUGACUUAAUAUAAAAUUAUGCUGCAUGAUUAUUAGUUUUACAACCCUCGUUAAUUAAUUUUUCGAAACGAAAACGUAUUUCGGAAUUUUGGCUGACAUUUCAUGAGUUAAACCACCUACUGUACUUAUUGUGUAUUUAUAUUUUGCUGAUUAGCACAUUCGAGUGACAUUUGGGGUGCGUGGUUUCAUGUAAGCAUUGCAGCACCCUACUGCCAGCAUCCAACGUGAUAGCGAUUAAACAAAAAACCCAUCGGUCUAGAACCCUGGAGUUGCGCCCACUUGAUUCGCAGUAAAAAUCGGCCCUCUCGGUUAUUUUAUCUGUCAGCCUGCGUCAGCGUGAAUGCCUAACUGAAUGCGCACGAGAAGGCAUUAACCCUCCCUGUGUGUACUACCUUCAGGUGUGCGUGGACGGUGUCACCUACUCGCAUCUCUGCGAUCUCUACAGAAACAUCUGCUACUGCCAACACAACGACCCACGUUGCGGUGAUGAGCGAUAUUUCCACGGUCACCGGGCAACCCCUGACUCCAUCAUCCGCUACUAUUCUGAGUGCCGAGGUAGGUCGUGGGUGCUCUAAUAAAAAUAAAUAGUAACACAUUCAUUUUGACUUCUGACCACAUAGCAGAUAUAUAUAUAUGCUCAUUAUGUAUAUUCCUCCGGGUGCUCAGCGUUUUCACUAACUAAUUUCACCUCACAAACGUAGAUACUGUAUCUCUUAAAGUGUUGACCUAAAUUCUGAGGUGUUUUUUCAAUCCAAAAUGAUUGCUUAAGUAGGGUUGUCACGCUAAUUAACAUGUCGCAUAAUGUCAAGACAUUUCAGUCACGUCCGAAUGCUGGCUUUCGAACGAGCUCCUUAUCGGCCGCCCGCAUAAACUACAUCUCGUAAAAAAUGGCUAUGUACCAGUGUGAUAUUCCAUCGAUUUUCGAUGGUCCUAUAGAUUAUAGAAAACUUGCGCAAAAACAUUCUCAGUUUUAGUCAUUCAAUAGCUGAUUAGUCUUCUUUAAAUGCUAUAUUUGACGAAGGAGUGUUUCUGGCUUCGAUUCCCGAAUAAUUUUGAACCCGACCAGCCGUUGUGCUUGCAUUCAGGGUUUUUAAACUACAGGCUAGUUACUUUCGUGUAAAAGAGUCAUGUAUUUUUAUGUGUUGUUAUGAAGAGGACAUAUAUGACUCAUAGUAUUUUAAAAUAAAUGUAGACCAUGCGGUCCACUUCAUAAGCAUCGUUAAUGAAUGGGUUAAUGCGAUGCUGUACUACUGGAUAUUUCACUGUUUUGAGAACUCUCAUAAAUGGGCACUGUUUAAAGUCGAAAAUUAUUCUUCUUUCAAGUAUAAUACUUAAAGAAGAUGCAAGUAACUACCGAAUGAGUAAAAAAGAAUAUUAUGUACAUAUUGCCCAUUAGAUAUGAUCAAAUUUGUGAAGGUGUCAAAAAAUCAAUUAGAAAAAUUCAUGUUAAUCAAAUUGUCAUUUUUUUAUGGGAUGCAGUUUACAAAGGCGCUCGAUAAGGAGCUCGUUCGAAAGUCGGCAUUCCAACGCGACUGGAACAUUAUGCGACGUGCCAAUUAAUAUUACAACCCCACUUAUGCAUUCUUUUCGAGUUGAAACACAUUUCAGAAUUUAGGUUACGAGACAGCACAUCUACCGUAAGUUAGUAGUCGGCCCUCGAUACCCCGGAAGACGUUUUCCUUCUGAAGAUCUCUAAGCGAUACAAACUUAAAUUGCAACCCUUUGAAAUCUCGCUCAUUCUGCUGUCUUUUCCCUGUUUAUAAAGUUUACCGAAACACAAAGGCUGCUUGUCGCAGAUUUAACAUUAAAAUUCCCUCUAAACAGGACAUGACUAUUUUAUGCUGUUAGAAGAGGAGAUCGUGAUUACGCGGGAUGCAUCUUAAUAAAGGCUAAAAACAUUAACAUGAAUAACCAAACUGCGUUGGCAUUUCACGGAUAAUGUCUAGUUAGUGGUUCAACAGCACCGCUGUUUCAGUUUAUGUCAGCCACUGUGCAGUGCACGCGCAUGCUUGCGUUUCUAGUUGUUGAUGUUUCUUGGGAUGCAACUGAUAUCGAAACAGCAGCCGACUCAGUCUCCGCUCUCUGGCCGAACUCUCAGACGGCAAAUAGCGGAAGUCCUUGUCACCGUCCUUUUUAUCUACCCCAAGAGCAAUGUAAACAGUUAUCCAGUCGGGGCAGCUAUUUGGCCUUCGAAAUUGGUUUUUUAGGUCAGCCUAAGUAGCGUAGGGGACUGGCUCGAAUUUAACAUGGACACAUGCUUAGGGUAGGACGCAUUCUCGUAAUACCUAUGCAAUUCGUGUGAAAGCAAUGGAGAUUGAAUCGGGGUUGGGCUGCUUUGACGAUCCUUUAUAUACGCUUUGUCUGGUGAAUCUGUCACGGUGCGCUAAAACCGUGGCGUUGAAAGAUGUACACUUACUUUUAACGAUUCCGUCGACGUUAAGCUUUGCCCGCUCGGAAAGCCGUGUUAGGUGGUGGUGAUGGUGAGGACAGUCCAACGGCUGAGGUGGACUGAAGCAAGGCUGCUUGUACGGCGCUAUGCUAUAUGGAAGGACUCAACGAAGAUAACGUCUUAAUCAGGUCCAUAUGUCAGUUGGCAACCUUUCCAGCCACGUCUCGUACUUCGAUAUGGUGGAUGGAAGCGUGUCGAGUUUAUCCCAGGGAAGAAUGUGUUGAUUUGUCGUGGGGUGGCUUCUCCAGUGUUGGUCAUAUCCUCUCUUCUCAUUCUUAUGCACCAUUCAACUCUCUGCCAAUUGUAAAAUUAGGAUUCGGAGGGGGCGAAAUUGUUUUGGAUUUCGUAAACAACUUGUAUCGAGUUGAUGAGCUGGACCAGGGGUGUGCGGAGGUCGUGCUGGUACUGACAGUUCGAUUGUCGAUUCCGACAAUGUCCGCCGUUUGCUCCAAAGCAAGUUUCAGUAGGCACACUGACUUGCGCGGGAAUUAGUUUAUAGUGAGCGUAGACUUGCGCAGCAUCUACCUCAUUUCUUCUCCCCCACUUCUUACCUGGAUCCGGUGUCAAGACAGAGUCAAAAAGACCGGAGGCGGAGUAGGGCGCAGGUGACCGGCACGGCCGGACCCGCACCUAGGCAUUCCACCACAACCCCUACUCCACAACAUGCUCUUGACCACCACCACCACCACCAGCACCACCAGCACCACCAGCACCACCACCACGACCACCAACAACAACAACACCCCAACAGGAGUCAGAAGGACGAGGAUUAUGAGUGGGCAGCCAUGCCCACCCAACAGGGCCUCAAGCGCAUCUGCCGGUAGGGGGCCAGGUGUCUGGGAAAUACCAGCGUAUACCAGGCUGCAAGGGCCAUAGUUUGCUGAUGCUGGCAUUGUAAACGCUUUCAGACCUUUUGACCUUAUGCUAGUAAAUGACUAGUGGAGUAUCACAUUAAAGCCUGCGUAUGUAGUGGCGACAGUGAAGGCAGAAGACGCCUACAGUUUCCGCCUUGUGAAGUUACGAUAUUGUCAUUCGAAUUAGCCACCUACUAUCCACUUCACGGUCUUUCUGUUCAUCCUUCUUAAUUGUUUAUUUCCGAUGUGUGUGUGUCCCUCAAGCGGGUCACGUGGUAGGUGCGCUGGACCAACACGGGGCCAUAUCGGAUUCUGGCUUCUUGUUAUCAGACUUGCACAUCGUAACAAAUGCCGACAUUUCGGAGUGCGGUGGCGGAUUCGGUUGCCAUCGAACGUCGCGCACACUGGGACCCCUGCCAUCACCCCAUUGCUGUUUUUAAUCAAACACCUGGUUAUUCGUUGUGCGGAGCAGGGGAUGUAGAGUGGAACGUCAAGGUGCGGGCUCGACCGUGCCAUCCACCUGCACCCUCCUCCCGUCUCCGGUCUUCUUGACUCUGUCUUGACACCGGGUCCAGGGUGGGAGGAGGGAGUGCGAUAGAUGCUGCGCAAGUCUACGCUCACUAUAAACUAAUUUUCGCACAAGUCACUUUCCCCGCUCCCAUCCUGCUGUGGAGCACACGGUGGGCAUCGUCGAAAUCGACGGUCGAACUGUCGCGUGUGCGCGCGUGUGCUGCGGUGAGACCCGAACAAUGAAAGAUUGACCUUUUUCUGUGUGUAAUGCACCCAGGAGGUAGUUUACUUGAUGAUUACCCUUAAGUUUCACUUGCUCUUGUGGGGAAGGUUAUAUUGAUCGAACGGAUGCGUGAGCGCCAUCCUGUUUGGCUAAAUCGAAGUGGGGAAAAGUCCAUUUCUAGAGCAAUUGUGGCUCAGUUGGUUGACAGCGCUCACAGGGUAGACGUCAACCGAGCAUUCCGAGUCAUCUAUAAAGUGUCGACGAGACACUCCAAGUUCCUGCGUCAUCCAACGCUUGCGACGGCAAAAGUAGUGGCCAUACGGUUAGCCAACCCAGCCUUGUGUUUGCAUAAAGCGUUUGUACAGACACUAAGGCCCCCUGGGUGAAGACAGACCCAGCAUACCCGCCACGUCGCGUUAUAACGCCGAAACAAGGACAGCUAAUCGCCAGACGCCUUCCCCCUCCUUAAACUUCAGACAGAACUAGGAUCUGACCACUGACCUCUGAACGUCCUUCAGCUUUUAUUGGAUGUUUAACUUUUGCUAUUCUGCCCUCCCUUAUAUAAUUUUACAGGCCUGAUGAGGAAUAAUCGAAAUCAUACGUUUGCCGGAAUUGACUUUUUGAUGUCUACAUUGGUAUCAUCGCUGAACCUUAAGUUUCCCUUUCCAUGCAGAUUUGACUACGUUAUGCAACUGGUCUGUACGAAGACGUUACUUCAAGUACCAGCUCAUUCAGUGGUUCCAGCAGCUCCUUCUGCCAAACGUAAGUGCACAUCUCAUUGCGAAUUUAUUCACCUUACUCGACGGAGGCUCUUAACAAUAGGAAACCCACUCUCUUGCAUUUAAUGACAAAAAGUAUGCUUUUGGAGCGGCAUAAUCGAGUCUUGGAAAUCAAAUAUUUCAGGUCCUUCUUGACUGUACGGCUUGGCUAUUUCUUGCCCCAGGGAGGGAAAAUAAAAUGUCAAUUUUUGCGUGCUUGUAUGUGCUCCUGUUCAUUUCGAGCUUCCAGACAGAAGCAACUUGCAGAGAACCAACCUGACAUCUUUCGCUGUUAUGGAGGACUGUGGUUUGCCCGCUAAACAGCAAAGACCCUGUCAAGCCCAUAAAAUGCAUAUGUGAAAAUAACUGACUAGAAAGUGCAUUCGGCCAGAUAGUAUGCAAGUGAGAGAACGUUUUAACAGGGGAGUCACUCUUCGUCUAGGAAAAUGCUGUCGAGGCCAGUGCUGGCAAUUGUCCCAUUUGCAUGCACUUUAGGUAGGCGCUGGAUGUCAUAGAAACAAAACACCCCCCGCCCCCCAAAGUGGAAGACUACUGUCUCGUACCGCAACGUGCGCCUUCCCUGACCAAAAUGAAUAAAAUAAGCAAACUUAAACAUCUUUUUCCUGACUUAACUUGGAAACUAGUUUGUUAUCCAAGAUUUAUUUGUAUUGUCAAAUCCUUGAGCUGGUUUUCAGUCACUUCUCGUCGUUUUUCAAUAGGGGAACAAGCAUCAGGUAGGCAUCAGUUCGAACUUAUUCAAAAAAUUCACAUAGAAACGACGCAGUCAUGUUUCGAAACAUACAGUCUGCACGAUAAAAAAAGACUGCUUAAAAACACGAUGGGAAAAGACAGCGAAAGUAAAGUGGCCUUGAAAAGAUCGUGCGGAUUUAAAGUUUAGAGGUUACUGAGACAAGAUUAUUUUCGGCAUGUAACCUACUCGUUUGGCGAAACCAGAUUUCCCUUCCCUUUGUUGGCUGCCUCAAUAUAGCGCAGUAUUUUAACCGUCCGUGUAGACCAGUAUUAAGCCAAUGAAGCGUGUAACAUCUAGCGACUACUAAACUAAAGAAGUCUAUCUAUUCUGGUUUUCUGACUUUAAGGUCAAUGAGACAGGUGCUCAACUCACCGGGCUGUCGAUUGUCUUCUUGGUCGCCCAUUAUGUCUGCAUCCAUGAGUACAUGCGAUCGCAUAGACAGAGCUUAUAGGGCUGCGCUUAGGCAAGGCAUUCUUCGUUCCUUUAAUAUGAGUCGGUUUCAUAGAGUUAAUAAGCGUGAAUAUAACUGGAAUCUAAGUCCCUUCAGUGUUGCAAGGUAAGCACCGCCUGAACAUAUUCGCAACAUUGUUCCCCUAUAUGGCAUAGAUAUUACAACGAGGCUUUUUGGAAAUUAUUACUCCGGCUGUUUUCUCUGAAGACAUUUACUAUACCUCUGAAUGAAACGGACUGGAUAACGGUGGCCAAAGAAGUUCUUUUUAAGGCAGGCAAUUUCUGGGUUUGAUGUUUCAGCACAGCAAAUUUCUUUUGUUCCCGGAAAGAAAAUUCAGCAGUGUUUCUGGGUUUUCUGUCGUUUUCUGAGAUGCACAUUUCAUCGAGUUGUCUACUAUCAAUAUAAACUAAUUUACGCGCAUUUCACCGUAUCUGCUGUACCUUGUUGUGGAGCACAUUUUAGACAUCGUCGAACUAUCAUCAUACGCUGAGCUGUAACCGCCUGAUCAUCAUAUUGAUUUUUCGAACAAACCCAGGGUGAUCUUAUUGAUUAUCCUUUAUUCACGUCAUAAAGCAGGAAGGUGCAGCUCAAAAUCAGUUGCGAAAGUUUUUGCUGCCCACAAAUCCCUCGGACGAAAUAAAUGUCUGCAGGAAAUUUCCAAACCCUUUGCCUGCUGGAAUGCGAAAGAGAGAGAAUGGACCCUUUGCUGUGCUCGAUUAAGCUACUACGAGCUACAGUAACGUUCUAACUUUUUUAUCAGUCUCUUUCUAGUAAACUGCACCCUCUUCACGCAUUUGGCACAACCGCGAACCUUAAUAAUGGACGGUACUGUUGUGUCGGACCUACAGGGAACAAAAACAGUAUCUUCAUCCUUCUUCGUUCACGACACCCAACGUUGUCGCCAGUUGCCUUGAAACAGCCUCAUUAGAAUGAACCUGACCCACUUCUGAGCCAGUCUAGUGCAUUAAAAGUCGCAGCUUGGACCGUUUCUGACUGAUGGAACGACUUGUUUCAUUGAAGUGAGGCUCCUUCUUAAUUGGAUCUUAAACGGCUCUCACAGACGCGAUAUCCAAAUGAAUGAAGUCUGGCUUCUGGGGAAUGAGGCACCAGCACAUGUAUGACAUUAAUAGACGCGGUCAAAUGCUUCCACCCACUUCGUCCGCACCUGCUUGCGGCCGUUAUGACCUUGCGCUUGAUACAGUUAUUUCGAUGCUGCGUGCGUAUUCUUCGACAUAAUCCAAAUCUGGUACAUUAUCCACACUUUCCCCAUCAACGGGGACUCUUUAUGAGUCCAGUUAACUACCGCUAGCUGCAUGCGAUGUAUCAGUGGAUGCGCCAGCCCUUUGGCCGAUUAACGUUCACAUGAAAUGUCUUCGCGUGCGAGUUGGUCAUUCCGCUCUGAUCCGAGCUGACUUCCAGUUGCCAACUGCACAAUGGUUACAUCUCCUGUAAACGCUUCCACUGGCUUGUCAAACCUGAUGAAGACCAGUCGAAGUCCCUGUGCACCAGACCGAUCAGUUUGUAUAUGCCGAUUCGUCCAACAUGUGUGAAUCAGGUGGGCUGUGCGGCGUUAAGACGAAAUAUUUAGGCCAGAUCAAGUAUUGCACCCAAGACCAUCUUCAGUUGUCUUGCCACUAACCAACGCUAUGUGUGGGAAGAAGGUGUGCGAUUUUGGCCGCGCAUGUCUAUCUUACAGUUAUUCAACCCAGCCUACGUCACUGCGCGCCUAGAGUUGUACUUCCUGCCGUUCAUUCCGACGGACGAGUUGCCCUUUUCAAAACAGAGCGAGAGAGUGGUAGAGAGAGGAAAAAAGAAAGACAGUCCGAGGGUGAGAGAGAGGAAGGAGGAAAGAAGGAAGGGUGACGGACCAGAAAUAUGGUAAAGAGAACGAAGCUUGUUGAAGACUUAUGAUAUACUGAUCUACUCCAAGUUUGCAGUCAAUUUCUGAGAAAAUUAAAAAAACAACAAUUUCUAAAUUGGGGUAUCUGCCAGAAAGCAGAGGGGAAUGCUGGGGAACCCACUGAUGAGCCCAACCCCUCGCAGUUGUGUCAUGCAGCGGCAGAACAUCGGCGAAACACGUGUGUAUGGGCUUUUGGCUAGUACCUGUGCUGUUAGCAUGGUUUCCCUUUACCCUAAAACAUACUACAAGCUGCCUGUCGGCAGUUACUGAAUGUUACGCGGUUACCCGCUGUGGAUGAUAAACUUCAGGUCAUAUAUUCAUACAUAAAAAAUUUCGGUCUGAGCCUAUAGACCUAGAAUUUACUGAUCUACUCCGAGUUCGCAGUUAAUUUCUGAGGAAAUUGAAAAGGCAACCUACUGAAAUAUCUGGGUCGGGUUAUUCGCCAGAUUGCAAGUUGCCAUCAGAACUCGCGGUAAGCUUCACAGUGAUAGUCUUGCAGAAGCCCUUUUAUUCCACACUGUCGGAGCAAGGAGGCUGAAUUUUCAUUAUAUUCACCAACUUUCGAUAAUGAUGCCUUCUCAACAGUAGCGCUCGUCUAGUCAGCAAAUUUUGCCUUUGAGAUUACCCUGUCAAUUCCAUUACAUCCUUUUCUCAUGCUUGCAUGCAUUCUUGUCACUGACUUCGCAAGUUUUUUUGCCAUUCUGUCCCAAGUCACGAUCCGCAGACAGCGAAAACGUUCUGCUACGGUCUCGCGACGGUCAGAGCAGACUGGCGGCGGACAACUUGCUGUCAAGACCGAUCCACUUCAAUGGCUCCAAUGCCGGUCCCUUGCUUAGCUUCUGGUUUUGCGAGAUGGAUGUGGAUAAAAGCGGGUGAGACUUCGCUCUUUGAUAUAAGUUUAAUAAUUCCCAUGAGGGCGUCCUUCACUGACUGCAUGGACAACAGGCUGAAAAUCGGCACAGCCAUCAGCAAUCAGUAACCGAGAUUGACAAUGGCUGAUAAGCUAGAAACGGCCAUUCGGUGACGGCAGGGUGUAGAAACUAGCGUAGCUGGAAACAUCAGCAUAUACACUAAAAUGCUGUGCGACAGCAAACAUCACUUAUUACUCACCGUUCCUAUUGGUCGAAAUUUCCUGAGCUUCCUGACCGCAUGUAAACUUGCCAGCGGUGGGUUAUUCAAAAUCCGUUAUUUUUAAAAAUGGUUUUAGGCCUAUUUUUUACAUUAUCGCACCCAAUGUGUUUGCCAUGUGACAGCAUAAGAUAAGACUUUCGGCAGAGAUUUACUCAUUUUCUGUGUCUUCUUAAAUUCCGCCUGAUCUUCGUCCUUCAUGUUGCCCCACCCGUAAAACCCCUCUGCCACCAUUCAACGUAUGCCAUUGCCCAUAGGCUACCUCGAGUUAUUUGGGGUCCUACACCCUACCGUUGCCGGCCAUUCCGGUCACCCUCGUCUUUAUCGGUAACGCUGUUCUACUGAGACCUAUCACCAACAAAGAUUAGAACCACCGUACGGGCGAUUUCAGGUUUACUUGAAGGUUCACCCGCUCACUUGACCAACAUUCAAUGCCAUUUGCCACACUUGACCUGUCGAAGGAGGCCUUCAGAGAGCACGUCCAGCGUUUCUUUCGUACAGCAGGUGGGCUACCUCUUGAAAUGUCAGCCGAAAUUCUGAAAAGAUUAAUUAAGUAGGGUAAUCAUCAUGCAGCAUAACUCUAUAAUGAUCCAGUUACGGUAGGCUGCCGGCUUUCAAAUGAACUUAUUUCUGAUUGCAUGCAAAAAAAUGACUGCCUAUGUAGCAUGCAAUUUUCUCAUGGAUUUUAGAUUCCCUUGAAAAUUCAAUUAUAUUUCAUGAAAAAAUGCAUAAAAAUUUUCAAUCUUUUAUUUAUUCGCUCGAAAAUCACGUCUCCUUUCAAUUUUAUACUCGAAGGAGGAGUAAAAUUCGGUUUUAAAAAGCUUUUCUAAUUCUCGAAUAAUUCUGAACCCGACCUGCUGUUAUACUGGCAUUCAGGGUUUCAAAACUACAAGCAGCAUAUUUUCCGUGUACGGAAAACCAUACAUUUCUCUACGGUAUUAAGAGGAGACCAUAUGGGGUUCAUAAAAUUAGGCAGUGGAUUCGAGUAAUACUGCUAACUUUACAAGCCACAUUCGCAAAUUCAGAGACAUGAGAGUUUAUGAACGGCUAUUUCACGGUAUUAAAAAAUCUCAUAAUUAGAAACUUGUUGGAACCAAAUCAUACUCCUCCUUCGAGUAUACAAUCGAAAGAAGACGUUGUUUUCUACAAAAUAAAUAAAAGAAUGAAUAUUUGUAUGCAUUUCUUUCAGGGAAGAUAAUUGAAUUCUUAAGGACAUCGAAACUCAAUGAGAAAAUUGCAUGCUAUUUAAACAAUCAUUUUUUCCAGAGCAUAGUUCUUGCAUGCAGUCCAAAAUAUGUUCAUUCGAAAAAAGGCACCCUGAGGUAACUGGAUCAUUAUAUAAUUAUGCUGGAUGAUGACUAGUUUUACAACCCUACUUAAUUAAGCUUUUCGAAACGAGAACUUGUUUCGAAAUUUCGGUUGAUAUUUCAUGAGUUAGCCCACGUACUGUAAACAAAGACCAUUGGAAUUCAAACUUAACCUCACCAAAGUCGUUAUAUUCCUUCUAUUUCACCCUUGCAAUAUUCAAAAUCACAGGUGUCAAUUUUCAGGAGGAUCGAGGAGAGGGAACUCGCCAUGUUGACGCAGGUUGCCAUGCCAACUCUGGCCUGCCUGGAUAUCUUCCUCGGCAACUGUCUAACCAACCGUGUAAUCUCGCAGGAUGCCUGGCUCAACUGUUUCGACAUAGAUCCCAGUAAGCCCUGUGGAGUACUUUGAGAUCAGCGUCUUCUGCAGCUAACGGUUAAUUUUGCCAAAGUACCUCCUAGGGUGUGAUUGGUGGCUACAAGAGCGGUUUCCGCAUGCCUUCUGUUCUGAAAAAACUUAAAAUAACUUAUUUACGAAGCUGCUGCUUUCGCAGCUGAUUAUUAAUUGCAGGUUUUACUGUCUGUCAUGGUAUCCUCUACCUUUUAGGCGAAAGUGUAUCCUGCAGUCAGUUUGUUUAA